UUGUAUGUGUUAUCGAUUGCACGUACAUUUCACACAGUUUAUUGGGUACAUAUGGUAAUGCGUUGUGACUCCAGAACACUAGUGUGGAUGCGCAACGAGUGGCACAAGUUCCAACACACCAACACUACGAAGCAGAGCUACUGGGGAAUCAACAGUUCCUGAUCCUGAGCAUGGACAAGCUUUCAUCUUUCAUGAAAUGUUGGCUUGUUAUAGCUGGUGUCACAUGUACUGUCGGAGGAAAUCACGUUGGUAGAGAAUUCCUCAUAGGAUUUCUCGAACCAUACUAUUCUGACAAUGCAAAGUACUUCAUAAGCAUUACUGCUCAAACAACAAGUACAGUCAUCAUAGCAAGCGCUGCAUUCACCAUUGUCGAGGUAGUCGUUGUGAUGGCGAACACCUCUGCCCAGGUGGACUUCAGCAAUUCUACCUUCUACCAUGGCGACUUGGAGGUAACAAAGGAAACAAUAGUCGUCAUCUCAACUGGAGACAUAUCAGUGUCAGCUUUCUAUUAUUCAAGUGAUGCAUCGGAUGGAUACUUGGCCAUCCCUGUUCAAUCAUUGUCCAACACAUACAUUGCAGUGUCUUCAGAAAUCGUAUCAGCGACUUCUGUCAAUUUUCCUUUAACGGGCAAAUCAACGUCUGGCAUCUUAAUUAUGUCAACAGCAGACAGCAACACAGUGGACAUCACCAUCAAACUCCCUCUGGGGGUGGGUCAUGUGGGACGAAAAAAAACAUCAAAAUGGAACAUCCUUACAAUUCCAGCUUCAGAAGUAUGAGGUCGUCGGUGUUCAGUGCACAAAUGAUCUUACAGGCACACUCGUUGUCAGUUCUGGACCAGUAGCAGUUGUUUCCGGCUCGACAAUGACUGAUUUUCCAAAAGGAAGUAAAUCAUCCGACAGGUUUAUGGAGAUGAUGAUUCCAGUGGCAGCGUAUGGUUUUAAUUACGUGCUUCAUGAUCUUCCGGGACGAGCUUCAGGAACAGUGUACAGGCUCGUUGCCAGUGAAACAACUGUUGUUCAGACGUCGUCGGGAUCAGUUUACAACAUCAAUGCACAGCAAUUUGUGGACAUAGAUACCAUCAAACAUGGCCAGCAGUGUAUUUCAUCUAGUAAGCCAAUUCUGGUUGUGCUGUUUGCAAAAGGAUCCUCGAACGGAAAGACUUCAAAUAUUGACAUGUUCAUGGCUGUUGUGCCGCCUGUCCGGAAUUAUGGCAACUCGUACCUGCUCAAUCACAAUAUCUCAACGGGGGUUCCUUUGUCUCACUAUGUAACUGUGAUAGUUCCUAUGGACAGUGCAGCUGGCCUUCAUCCAAGUAUAAUCUCUCAGCUGUAUGUUAUAGAGGGAUGUUGUUUCGCAGUUGCAUCAGUAACACCUCAAACUGCAGUGUAUAUGAUGGAACAGGAUGCAGGCAUACCCUUUGGUGUUCUUUCGUAUGGACAGAGUCGAUCGACCGCUGUUGGCUUCCCUGCAGGGAUCAGUUUCAGGCAAGAUGAACAGCCAUGCGGGAAAUCAGGCUGUGCCGGCACCGUGCCAUACCCGUGUAGCUGUGUUGAGAGCAUCCCUACAUAUCAGUGCACUGACAAUAGUCAAGGUUGCAACAGUUCCUUGUGUUUAAACAACAGCACCUGUUCUGCAACUGAACAUGCGUACGAGUGCCAGUGUAUGGACGGAUUUGGGGGAGCCCAUUGUGAAGCAGAUAUAGUUGACGACUGCCUCAGUAACAACUGCUCCAAUACCCACGGAACCUGCAUUGACGCCAUCAACUCCUACCUCUGUAACUGUUCAGAAGGAUUUACAGGACAACUCUGCGAAACAAAUAUAGAUGACUGCAAUGGGGUGGUAUGCAGAAACAAUGGCACCUGCGUCGAUGGUACAAAUUCAUAUUUAUGCCAAUGUCAGGUGACAUUUACUGGAAUGCACUGUGAGACAGACCUUGAUCCAUGCUUGUCUCUGCCUUGUCAGAACAACGGAAGCUGCAUCAACUCUAGUAACGACACCUUCGUGUGUGUCUGCAACAACGACUACAUUGGAGAUGUCUGUCAGUACGACCUCGCCGCCUUCUGCGUCAAUAAUUCCCUCAACAUUAUUGACUUUAAUUCGUUUAACAUAACAGACUUCAACCUAACCCUAGACAAGCGUACGUUAACCCAGUACAUCCAUAGGUAUAUGGCGUAUCAAGACGACAGAAUAUCAGCAAAAUGUCUUGGGUACUCUGGAGUCAUGAUCAUAAUAGGUUUCGUGAUGUGUAUACUUCUCCUGGACGUUGAUAGACUUUGUAGAAAACCUAACAAGAAAAAGAAAAAGAGGAAGAAGCAGGCUGAAAAUGCAGGACCAUCUAACGCUAUUAUGCCUAUUCCAGAAUGAUUCCGAAGUCAUCCAUGGCGCAUCGACACGCUCUCCAGAGUUGGUCUUUUGGGCAAGCCAGAAAUGUAUGAUUCAAGGUACGAGCUCCUGUCCUCGGACUGUCGUAAGCAGCGACGACCAUUUUC